AGUGAACCCUUGCGAUUGGUAGCUGCUGAGUGUUUAUUAUAGACAUCUCCGGCGAACUAGGGAAGGAGAAGAGGGAAACGAAACGAGAAAUCCAGAGACGGAGAAUGUCUCGUAUCUCCACAUUCUAUCUUCUCGCUUACAACUCCUUUCAGACCGUUGGAUGGACGCUUUCGUUGAUUAAGAUUUUGUACAAUCUUAUCGCCACUGCCUCCAUCAACGGAACCUAUGCUUCCGCCGGCAACUUGAUUUGUUUUCUGCAAUGUGCUGCAUUCUUGGAAGUUAUACACGGAGCCAUUGGUAUUGUGCCCAGCGGAGUUUUGCUUCCUCUUAUGCAAUGGGGAGGAAGGACCCACUUUGUGCUUGCCAUUGUUCGGAAUCUUGAUGAGCUCCAGGAACUUCCUUCAGUUUUUAUCACUUUUCUUGCAUGGAGCAUGGGUGAGGUAAUUUGCUUAUUUUAUUAUUGGAUGUAGUUCAUUGAAUUUUCUAGCAUUACCUUCUGCUUUAAGCUUUAAACAGUUGUUACAUAACCAUUUAAAGCAACAAUUCAUGUACGUAUCACC